AGAUACUACGACUCCUGCGCCCAGCACUACCAGGGCGCGUGGUGGUUCAGCAACUGCUUCGAGGCGCACCUCAACGGCAAGUACUAUCACAAGGGCUUCCACAAGAACUACUUCCAGCGAGACGGCAUCCAGUGGAACUCCAUACACAUGUACUCCUCUCUCAAGGCCGUCCAGAUGAUGAUCAAGCCCACAGAGAGCCCGCGGAGCCCCGCCUCCAAUGAGGUGACCAGCAACCUCUGAGGGGAGACGAACAGACGGACGGACGCCGCCAUUGCUGCUGGGGCGUCUGUGGGCACAGGGGAGUGGGUCAGUCAGUCAGUCAGACUGGUAGUUGAGGGCAGUGGUCAGUUGUUGUAAUGGUCGAGUUUGCGUGGAUGGCUGCGGUGGAGUGCUUAUGAUUUGGAGGAUAUUCGAUGGUGACGUUCAAUAUUGUUUCAACAUUGGUUCAACCGCUGGAUGUUUUUCUGCAUCUCCCCUCGACGCUUAACGGCUACAGAGGAUGAAAAAUUAUAAAGGAAAAGUAAAGUAAGAAAACAAUUGAUAGUCGAUAUUGUGUCAUAAUGGAUGACAAAUGUUUCCAUGUGGAGACAAUGAACAGACAUUCAGUCGCGGUCUCUAGUGAUCCUUGAGUGACAUGCCAUAGUGGUCAAAGUUGGAUAAUUGAAAUAAAACAUCUACAGUCGUAGGAGAAACAUUUUAGUGGUUCAGAGAUAUCCAGAACAGAUCAAGAUGAAGGGAAGAGUUCCAGCAGGGAGUUUUGAUGAAUGUAGUAUAAGGAAUAAAGCUUUUGACUAAUGUGGACUAAACUAACUUAUUGGUAUAUGAGGGUGGGGUGGGAAUUAUUUUAUAACGUUCAGUUAAGUAUUCUCAAGAUAAUAUACAAUAUUGUGCAAUAUGGGUCUUAUUUAUUUUUGACUAACAGAAUAGAUAGGCCCUUCUUAUGAAUCAUCCAGUGGCCAAAUAUGUUUCUAAGGAGAAACAUGGGCUCAAGAAAAUACGAGUUCUGGAAUUUUCCAGUAAGUGAGGUGCCUUGUAGUCCCAAAACUAAAAGUCAUGUUUACUUCAGGAAAGUAAAAUCAGAAGUUAUGUGUCAAACACAAACUUGAAGUAUACAAAAAGAAAGGAGGCCUAUAAUUAAAGUGAUCCAUGGGCUUGAAAUACUCCCAUAAUAUUGAAACCCACUAAAGAGAUGCAUUGGGGGAGGGGGGGUGGAGGGGGUGGGAGGAGGUGAAUUCAAAUUUGGUAAGAUAAAUGACUUUCCUGAAUGGACUUUUCCACACAGAUAUUUUAUUGAACUAUCAAGGAGGUUUAUGAACUGUGAAUGCAGUAACAAAUAAAAUAAGAAGGCAAAAUAAUCAUCAUCUCCAAUUUGGGACAAGUCCAUAUGUGGGAGAAAUGUUAUUCAGAUAUGUGACACAAAUGAA